AUGAGUUCAUCAGCAGACAUUCCUUCCGGCUUCAAACCAGCACUUUCCAAAUUCGAUUCUGUCUUUGAUAAAGAAGUUCUCGAUGAUGAUGAUAAGGAAUUAUGGCUGAUUCGUAUUCCUGAUAAUCUGUCUGAAGAAGAUGUUGCCUCCAUGAAGAUCAAAGCACCUACCGACAAGGCCACCAAGAAGCCUCUCGCUAAAUUCGAGAAAGAAGAUGAUAAAUAUGCUUUAUACAAGGUGCCUACCGCCAGCGACUUGAAAUCAGAAUCAGAUGACGAGAAUUUGGAUGAUGAAAAUGUGGAUUUGGGCAUCAGUGGACAUGAGAUGGUAUCAUUUGAUUGUUUAGUUCCCUCUCGUGAAGAUGGUGGCAAGCUUGCAUUUGCACCCAAGAAAUUUGAUCAAUUUUUGAUCUUGAACCAAAUUGUAGAUAUUCCAGACUCAAUAGCUUUAGCACAAUCCAUCCUCGACAAGCCUGUUUACAAGAGAGAGCAACCUGAAGGCCUCAAAAUGCGUUUCAAGCCUUAUGGAUACUACUCUGGUCAAGUGACAGAUGGCGACGCUGAGAUGAAAGAUACCAAGGACGUUGCUGCAGAUCAAUGCGACGUUGCAAAGAAGAGAAAGAGAGUCGAAACCGAGGAAGAACGAAACGAUGACGAUAAGAAAGAGGUCAAGAAAGAAAAAAAGGCCAAGAAAGAGAAGAAGAUCAAGAAAGAGAAGAAAUAA